AAAAUUAAAUAAAUACAACUUUUUGUAUCUCACAAUAUUCUCUCAUCAGAAAUCCGCCAUGGAAGCUCCACAGCAAGCUCACAUAGCUAUGCUGCUCACACCAGGAAUGGGUCACCUGAUUCCACUCACCGAGUUAGCCCGGAAACUCGUCCACCUCCACAGUUUCUCCGUCACUUUCAUCAUCCUCGACGACGGCGUUUCAUCCACCAAAACCCAACUACAAACCCUUCUCCAAACCCUACCAAACCCUACAAACUCAAUUCUCCUUCCUCCGCCGCCAGAUAUCGCCGGCGACAUCACCGCCGAAUCCCGGGUCGUGCUCUCCACAAUCCGAUCCGGUCCAUCCCUCCGCAAAGCACUGACCGAUCUGAAAGAGUCGAUACCCACUCGCCGGAUCUCCGCCUUCGUCGCCGAUCUCUUCGGCAUAUUCACAUUAGACGUGGCCAAGGAACUGGAUAUUCCGGCGUAUCUUUUCUUCACCUCCACCGCGAUGACUCUGUCUUUCAGUCUGCACUUGCCGGAGCUACACGAAUCGUCCACUUGCGACCAGUACAGAGACUUACCCGAACCGCUGAAGCUACCCGGUCUGGUACCGGUUCGCGGGUCGGACUUCAUGGAUCCGACCCAAGACAGGAAAACCGACGCCUACAAAGGCUGUGUUGAAAUGUGCAGGAAAUACAGAUUAGCUGACGGAAUCUUGGUCAACUCCUUCUUUGACCUCGAACCGGAUACUUUCAAUGCAUUAGAUCAGAAUAAUCGGAUGCCGCCGAUUUACCCGAUUGGACCGUUGAUCCGACCCGGUUCGAAAAAUAUCAAAGACGGGUUGAAAUGUUUGGAGUGGUUGGAUAAGCAACCGCUCUGUUCGGUUUUAUACGUCUCGUUUGGAAGCGAGGGAACUUUAUCGAGAGAUCAAUUGAACGAAUUGGUUUCGGGUUUGCGAAUGAGCGAGCAAAGAUUUCUACUAGUAGCGAAAACCCCACGCGAUUGUCGGACCCGAUCAAGCCACCACGACGACGAAUAUGAUCAAUGUGCCGAAUUGACCGAGUGGACGACUAAUAAUAAUAAUAAUAAAGAGAAGGGUUUUGUCUUGCCGUCGAAGUGGGCCCCACAAGUUGAGAUUUUGGCCCACGUGGCGGUGGGUGGAUUCCUGACGCACUGUGGGUGGAAUUCGACUCUGGAGAGCAUAGUCAACGGCGUCCCUCUCAUUGCUUGGCCGUUGUACGCCGAGCAGAAGAUGAACGCCGUUCUGCUGUCCGAGGGUUUGAAGGUGGCGAUUAGGGUUACGGAGGGCGAAAACGGAAUUGUGGGUCGCGAGCAGAUAUCGAGACUAGCGAGGGAUUUGAUUGAAGGAGAAGAAGGGGAAGUGUUGAGGAAGAGAAUGUGGAAUCUUAAGGAAGCUAGCUAGGUAAACACAGAGAUGGAUAAGCCAAUUCUGAAACUCGACAAAGGAACGAGAUGCACAGCUUGGAAUUACAGUGGCCAGAGAUUGGCUGCAGGACUUGCUGAUGGUUCAUUGGCCAUUUACGAUUCUACGGAUCCAUCUUCUUCAACCUUCAAUUGUACUUCCAGAUUUAAGGUCCAGGAGAGCGGCAUUUUGAAAAUUGUGUGGGUUCCACCGCAAUACGGAGAUGCGGUUGCUUGUGUUAGUGCUGAUGGAGCUUUGUCGUUGUGGGAGGAGGUCAUCAAAGAAGAUACUGAGGGGCAUCACUGGAAGAUGUGCAAGUCGUUCGAUAGGAACACAAGUCAAGUUCUAGAUAUUCAAUUUGGAGGCAGUCAGACUUGUCUGAAAUUGGUUGCUGCAUAUUCAGAUGGACAAAUAAAAAUCUACGAGCUGCUAGAUACGCUUGAACUGGAGAAAUGGCAACUUCAGGCUGAAUUUCAGAAUGUGAUUGAUUUAGUGUCCAAGUUUGGGAAUGUUUCCUGCCAGUCUGCAUCCAUCUCGUGGAACCCACAAAGAAGUGAACACCAGCAAUUAAGCUUUGUUUUGGGCUUUAGUUCAAAUACUUCACCACUAAAUUCUCCCAAGGUUUGGGAGUUUGAUCUUGAUCAUCAGAGAUGGCUUCCCGUUGCAGAACUUUCUUUGCCCGAGGAUAAUAAUGACCAGAUUUACGCAGUUGCUUGGGCACCAAACAUAGGAAGGCCGUAUGAACUGAUAGCUGUUGCAACUGAAAAGGGAAUAUCCAUCUGGCACCUAGGAUCAAAUCCCGACCCAGAUGGUCGGCUUUCAGCGCACAUGGUUGCAUUGCUAUCUGGUCAUGAUAGUGAGGUGUGGGAGAUGGAAUGGGAUAUGAGUGGAAUGACAUUGGCUACGACAGGAGGGGAUGGAUUAGUGAGGCUGUGGCAAUCUAACUUAAAUGGGGUUUGGCAAGAGCAAGCUGUUUUGUCACCUACAACUUAAAUCCCAAUUUAACAUAUGAUAAGUAUUUUUUUUUUUAAUUCAAGUAAAUUGUAUUGUCCGUUAUACACUUGAAAGUUCGACGAGUAUAAAAGAAUCGUGUCACGUCGUAAUGUGGGAACC